AUGGGCACCCUCUAUCUCGACAUUGAGGCUCACUUUCAGCGGGGACGCACCGCAACAUCCGGUCUACUGGCGGGCCUCGUGGGCGUCGUCAACUCACUAGGAAUAUUGAGCGGCGCCCUAAUUCGACGGAUAGGAUUGUUCCGAUCUUCGAUUAUCGCCUCCAUUUUGAUUCCAACAGGUGUUACGUGCAGCUUUUACGCCAAGCGUCUAGAGCAUCUGUAUAUCAGCCUCGCUUUGGUUGGAGGUUCGGGUAUCAGUCUAUUCAAUGUCGUCUGCAUCACGACAAUCAGUAAAGCGUUUACCGGACGUCAACGUCACGUCUGCCUGAGCAUCCUUUCCACCGGAACCGGGCUUGCCGGUGUGUUCUACCCAUUUCUGUUGCCCAGACUUGUCGAGGUUUUCGGGCUCAUGGGAACAUUUCUUGUGCUCGGUGGUCUCUUCCUUAAUGUUUGGAUUAUAUCCAUACUCAUUUAUUGGAACCAGCCUAGAAAAAUGACAUCAGAAAUCCCAGACAAAAUCAUUGAAAAUGACAAUGAAAAAUGCAAUAUUAAGAUAAUAAGUCGUACCAAUGAUAAGCCAAAGGAGAUAAUCAGCGACCUUGAAAAUGGCGACAAUAAAGCGGUGAAUACAACCGUGACAUCAGGGGCUCUAUAUUGGCAAAAGGUAGUGUUUACUGCUCGGAAAGUAGUUCUUGAAAUGAGAGAAGUGUUGUUUCUAGAAAAUGUGCUUAAUAUGGUAGGAACUGGAUUACUGAUGGCUGCUAUUAACGCUUAUCUGACGUUACAGCUUGACAUAGCCGCCUCUCGCGGGUUGUCACGUGAGGAGGGGCAAAAUGCCUUCGUUGUCGUGAACAGCGUAAACGUAAUAUCAGGUUUAGUUCCCGGCUUCUUGAAGCAGAUUCCGGGACUAAGUUACUCAUGCUUACUUAUCGUCGUUGCGGUAUUUGGUCUGACUGGACACUCAUUAAUUCUACUCUCUUCCGGUGCGCUUUUGUAUUUUCUGGCAUCCGCCUUAAUUGGUGUAUCCCUCGGUGGCGUUUUGACGUCGUCCCUGAUCGGACUGAAGAUUGUCCGGCCCGAGCUCAUCUCGGUGGCGUCAGGGACGCUCAUUACUAUGAUGGGAUUGCUGACGGCCGCGUCUGGGCCUCUUUUGGGAUAUUUCCGUGACAUCACCAGUGACUACAACCUCGUGCUUUACAUCACCAUCAGCAUACACGUACUGGCUGUGAUUCUUUACGUCACAGCGUUCGCCACGAGGAGGCCACGUGUCAUUGACGUCACAGUGUAUAUUAAAUGA